AUGCGGUGUCAUUAUGAAGUACUCGGUGUUGAACAAACAGCUAAUGAAGAUGAUUUAAAAAAAGCAUAUAAAAAAUUAGCAUUACAAUGGCAUCCUGAUAAAAAUCUUGAUCAAAUUGCUGUAGCACAAAAGCGUUUUCUAGAAAUUCGUGCUGCUUAUGAAGUUCUAUCUGAUCCAAGAGAACGUUCUUGGUAUGAUGCUCAUCGAGAUGUUAUGCUUCAAAAAGGCUCUGGUGAUGAUUAUAAAGAUGAUACAAUUAAUAUUUUUCCAUUUUUUACAUCUUCCUGUUAUCAAGGAUAUAAUGAUACUGAAAAUGGUUUCUAUACAAUUUAUAAUAAAUUAUUUAAAGAUAUAGCACAACAAGAUAUAAAAGCUUCAACUGAUAAAACAGUUGAAAUACCAGAAUUUGGAAAUUCAGAAAGUGAUUAUGAAGAAGUUGUUGGUCCAUUUUAUGCAUAUUGGUCAAAUUAUUGUACAUUAAGAACAUAUGUUUGGAAGGAAGAACAUGAUACACGUGACGCAUUUGAUCGUCGUGUUCGACGAUUAAUGGAACAAGACAAUAAAAAACUACGUGAUAAAGCAAAAAAAGAACGAAAUGAUGAAGUUCGAGAAUUAGUUGCAUUUGUUAAAAAACGUGAUAAACGUGUACAACUUCGAAAAAUAUAUCUUGAAGAACAAGCUGUGCAAAAGAAAAAAGCGGAUACUGAAAGACGUAAUCGUGAAAAACAAAAAAAAUUAGAGGAAUUAGCACAAUAUAAAGAAUCUCAAUGGAUGUCAUUUGAAGAUUUUGAGAAACAAUUAGAUGAUAUGGAAAAUAAAGUUAAAGGUGAUUUUCAAGAUUCCGAUCAAGAUGAUACUAUUAAUGAAAAUGAAAAUGGUGAAGAAGCUAUUGAUGAUAUGAAUGAAUUAUACUGCGUCGCUUGUAAUAAAUCAUUUAAAUCUGAUAGAGCUUUUCUUAAUCAUGAAAAUUCACGAAAACAUAAAGAAUUUGUUCAAUUAAUGAAAGCACAUAUACAACAAGAAAAUGAAGAAUUAUUAUUGAAUAAAGAUGAACAAGUCGAUUUAACUAAUGAUGAUUAUGAUCAAAGUGUUCAAUUACCUAUAAAUAAUCAAUCGAGUAAAUCGAAAAAGAAAAAGAAGAAACAACGACGAAAUAAUAAAGAUAAUGCUUCAUCCGAUGAUGAAACAGAAGAUAUGAAACAAGAACUGGAGGAAGAAUUAUUACCCAAAGAUAAUACACAAGAAGAAAUUUCUAAUGACUCAACAUCGAUAAAUGAUAAAAAGAAGAAAAAUAAAUCUACAACGGAAGACAAUGAUGAGGCAUCUCAAGAACCUGUUAUUCUUCAAUGUUUUGUUUGUAAAGAAGAAUUUACUUCGCGUAAUGUUCUUUUCAAACAUAUAAAAGAACUUGAUCAUGCUAAACCAAUUCAAGUUAAAUCCGAACCAAAAGUGAAAACAAAAACGAAAAAGAAAUAA